AAUCGAAUUGUUUGAUAAACGUAUUUUACAGUGGUAGCAGAUUUAGCAUUACGAACUGAGUAAUGAACGCCCCCAGCUAAAUGAGCUAUCUGCGCACAUGCUGAUCGUGCAAACGCCCGAGAAACAGAGCAGUUUGCAACGGUGUUGUGUACUUAGUUUUUCAAAGGUUCAGCUAGCGACAUUUCUUCAAAAUACUAAAAGGUUACUCAACGUACUUCUAACCAUCUCGCUUGCGUUAUAAUCCAAGUGCUAGCAUCUCGCCCGAGGCGAACGUGGAAGAGAAACUGGCAGGAAAGUCCGAAGGAAACUCCCCGGAUGGACAUCAAUACAGGGCCUAGCGCGCACGUGUAAACAAAGCUUUCAUCGUUUAUCUUGAUUAAACUCUGAAAUUAUGUUAGGUGCCUCGAGAUCUGGGGGUGUAAGGGGAGGCCAAGACCAGUUCAACUGGGACGAUGUGAAAGGCGAUAAACACAGGGAAAACUACCUCGGUAAGUGGAGUAAAAUGGGCAUCCAUCCUAUCGUCAACGACAGUGUGGUGCUAACUGUCUAGUCAGCUUUGCAAAUACAGGGCGACUAGCUAACUGUUAAGUAGGUCAAUUUUACUUUCUAGUUAGAUGCUUGUUAGUAACUUCAGUAAGGGUGGCAAUGUAUAAUAAUCGAUCAUGUAGCUAGCUACUUUAAGCUAGCAAUAGUAGCUAACUGUUAGCGUGAUAGCCUGUAAACAUUUCUCCACGAAUGCCACGUUCUCUUACCUUUUUUCUUAUUGUAGUCUCUCAUUACAUUGCUUGUGAGUAACUCAGUAUCUGCCUGAAACGUACUCUUUUGGUAAACCUAACUAUGUCGAAAUGAUAAACUUCAUAAAGCCAAGCGCACACAGCUGACACCUUUAUUUAAUACUGGCAAGAUCCAUGGAGAGCAGCCACGCACACUCGACUGCAGUUGGUCAGGGAAUGUGAAAGCUAAUGUUACGUAGCUAACUUAGUAGGCGCACAGAUAUAGCUUGCUAUGAGAAAGUAGCCAUAUAAUAUAUACACUAUACUGAACAAAAAUAUAAACGCAACUAUUUAUUUGAUUUUCAUUUAUUUGAUGUUUCAUAGGAGGGAAUCAGUAAAAUGAAAUACAUUUGUUUAAUCAGCUUCUUGAUAUGCCACACCUGUCAGGUGGAUGGAUUAUCUUGGCAAAGAGAAAUGCUCACUAACAGAGAUGUAAACAAAUUUGUGUACAGAAUUUGAGAGAGAAGCUUUUUGUGCGUAUUGAAAAUGUCUGGGAUUUUUUAUUUCAGCUCAUGAAACAUGGGACCAACACUUUACAUGUUGCGUUUAUAUUUUUGUUCAGUGUACAUAGCCAAAAGUAUGUGGAUACUCCUUCAAAUUAGUGGAUUCGGCUAUUUCAGCCACACCCGUUGCUGACCGGUGUAUAAAAUCGAGAACACAGCCACGCAAUUUCCAUAGACAAACAUUGGCAGUAUAAUUUCCCAUACUAAAGAGCUCAGUGACUUUCAACGUGGCACCAUCAUAGGAUGCCAACUUUCCAACAAGUCAGUUCGUCAAAUUUCUGCCCUGCUACUGCUGUUAUUGUGAAGUGGAAACGUCUAAGAGCAACAACGGCUCAGCCGCAAAGUGUUAGGCCACACAAGCUCACAGAACGGGACCGCUGAAGCGUGUAUUGAGUAUAAAUCGUUGCACCACUCACUACCAAGUUCGAAACUGCCUCUGGAAGGAACGUCAGCACAAGAACUGUUCGUCUGGAGCUUCAUGAAAUGGGUUUCUGUGGCCGAGCAGCCGCACACAAGCCUAAGAUCACCAUGCGCAAUGCCAAGCGGCGGCUGGAGUGGUGUAAAGCUCGCCGCCAUUGGUUUUGGCGAAUGCCUGGAGAACACUACCUUCCCGAAUGCAUAGUGCCAACUGUACAUUUUGGUGGAGGAGGAAUAAUGGUCUGGGGCUGUUAUUCAUGGUUCGGGCUAGGCCCCUUAGUUCCAGUGAGGGGAAAUCUUAAUGCUACAGCGUACAAUGUUAUUCUAGACGAUUCUGUGCUUAGAACUUUGUGGCAACAGUUUGGGGAAGGCCCUUUCCUGUUUCAGUAUGACAAUGCCCCCGUGCACAAAGCGAGGUCCAUACAGAAAUGGUUUGUCACGAUCGGUGUGGAAGAACUUGACUGGCCUGCACACAGCCCUGACCUCAACCCCAUGGAACACCUUUGGGAUGAAUUGGAACACUGACUGCGAGCCAGGCCUAAUCACGCAAAGGAAGUGCCCGACCUCACUAAUGCUCUUGUGGCUGAAUGAAAGCAAGUCCCCGCAGCAAUGUUCCAACAUCUAGUGGAAAGCCUUCCCAGAAGAGUGGAGGCAGUUAAAGCAGGAAAGGGGGGACCAACUCCAUAUUAAUGCCCAUAAUUUUGGAAUGAGAUGUCUGACGAGCAGGUGUCCACAUACACACUACAUGUCCCAAAGUACUGUAUGUGUAUAUAUGUACAGUGAGGGAAAAAAGUAUUUGAUCCCCUGCUGAUUUUGUACGUUUGCCCACUGACAGACAUAAUCAGUCUAUAAUUUUAAUGGUAGGUUUAUUUGAACAGUGAGAGACAGAAUAACAACAAAUAAAUCCAGAAAAACGCAUGUCAAAAAUGUUAUAAAUUGAUUUGCAUUUUAAUUAGGGAAAUAAGUAUUUGACCCCUCUGCAAAAGAUGACUUAGUACUUGGUUGCAAAACCCUUGUUGGCAAUCAGAGGUCAGACGUUUCUUUUAGUUGGCCACCAGGUUUGCAUACAUCUCAGGAGGGAUUUUGUCCCACUCCUCUUUGCAGAUCUUCUCCAAGUCAUUAAGGUUUCGAGGCUGACGUUUGGCAACUCGAACCUUCAGCUCCCUCCACAGAUUUUCUAUGGGAUUAAGGUCUGGAGACUGGCUAGGCCACUCCAGGACCUUAAUGUGCUUCUUCUUGAGCCACUCCUUUGUUGCCUUGGCUGUGUGUUUUGGGUCAUUGUCAUGCUGGAAUACCCAUCCACGACCCAUUUUCAGUGCCCUGGCUGAGGGAAGGAGGUUCUCACCCAAGAUUUGACGGUACAUGGCCCCGUCCAUCGUCCCUUUGAUGCGGUGAAGUUGUCCUGUCCCCUUAGCAGAAAAACACCCCCAAAGCGUAAUGUUUCCACCUCCAUGUUUGACGGUGGGGAUGGUGUUCUUGGGGUCAUAGGCAGCAUUCCUCCUCCUCCAAACACAGCGAGUUGAGUUGAUGCCAAAGAGCUCGAUUUUGGUCUCAUCUGACCACAACACUUUUAGCCAGUUCUCCUCUGAAUCAUUCAGAUGUUCAUUGGCAAACUUCAGACGGGCCUGUAUAUGUGCUUUCUUGAGCAGGCGCUGUAGGAUUUCAGUCCUUCACGGCGUAGUGUGUUACCAAUUAUUUUCUUGGUGACUAUGGUCCCAGCUGCCUUGAGAUCAUUGACAAGAUCCUCCUGUGUAGUUCUGGGCUGAUUCCUCACCGUUCUCAUGAUCAUUGCAACUCCACAAGGUGAGAUCUUGCAUGGAGCCCCAUGCCGAGGGAGAUUGACAGUUAUUUUGUGUUUCUUCCAUUUGCUAAUAAUCGCACCAACUGUUGUCACCUUCUCACCAAGCUGCUUGGCGAUGGUCUUGUAGCCCAUUCCAGCCUUGUGUAGGUCUACAAUCUUGUCCCUGACAUCCUUGGAGAGCUCGUUGGUCUUGGCCAUGGUGGAGAGUUUGGGAUCUGAUUGAUUGAUUGCUUCUGUGGACAGGUGUCUUUUAUACAGGUAACAAGCUAAGAUUGGGAGCACUCCCUUUAAGAGUGUGCUCCUAAUCUCAGCUCGUUACCUGUAUAAAAGACACCUGGGAGCCAGAAAUCUUUCUGAUUGAGAGGGGGUCAAAUACUUAUUUCCCUCAUUAAAAUGCAAAUCAAUUUAUAACAUUUUUGACAUGCUUUUUUCUGGAUUAUUUUGUUGUUAUUCUCUCUCUCACUGUUCAAAUAAACCUACCAUUAAAAUUAUAGACUGAUCAUGUCUUUGUCAGUGGGCAAACGUACAAAAUCAGCAGGGGAUCAAAUACUUUUUUCCCUCACUGUAUAUGUGUAUACAUAUACAUUGUGUGUGUAUGUAUAAUAUAAUAUGCCAUUUAGCAGACGCUUUUAUCCAAAGCGACUUACAGUCAUGUGUGCAUACAUUUUUACGUAUGAGUGGUCCCGGGGAUCAAACCCACUACCCUGACGUUACAAGCGCCAUGCUCUACCAAUUGAGCUACAGAGGACCACAUGUAUGAAUUGACUAACUUGAAACGUUGUGCAAUUUGGAGAUGUUCUCCAAAUUAAUACGCUGGUCACGAUAACUGUUUUUCAAAGGUUUUACAACACUGCAGCCAGGAGGAGAGCGGAGCAUUGUUGCAAAAUCUUAGAUUUCUAGAUAUCACCCUGAGGAAGAAUAGUUAUAAUAAUCACUUCUGUGUUUGGAAAAUCAAACCGAAUUAAACUUUAUGUAUAACUUCAUUACUAAAGCCAUGUCUCUGAUUUGGGCACGCAUGCUUGCAUUUGGAGUAAAGUUACAUCCCUGUUAUUGUUUAAUCCCCAGGGAACUCCCUUAUGGCACCAGUGGGGCGAUGGCAGAAAGGCAAAGAUCUGACGUGGUAUGCCAAAGACAAAAAAGGCGGUGUCAAGCCUAUGUCAAGAGAAGAGGAGCUUGACGCUGUGAAGGCAGCAGAGCAAGAGGCACUGAUGGCUGCCCUGUAAGAGGAACAUUACACAGAAAUAAGAACCUUACAGAAAUAUUAGAAUCAAAAGUCAAACUAAUAUGUCUUAUUCUUUCUUUUCAGAGGCCACAAUACUAUAAAGAGACAACCAACUGGCCUGACCAAAGAGGUGCUUCUUUUUUUCCUUCAUAGUGUUUUUGAGACACAUUUGUAUUAUGUGCUUUUUGUUGCACAAGUCCUAGAUUGUAUGUUUUGGAUCACAAUCAUGUCUUCAUUUUAUAGUAUCACAACUGCAUUAGACCAGGGAAGAUACAAUUCAAUUUAGUUUCAAUCAAUCAUUAUUAUUUUAUUUUUUUGCAGUUGUCACACUGUUUUACAGUAACUAGCCUAGAUCCCAAAUAGCAAGCAGAAUCCAUUUCCAAUCAUAUUUGAUCAUAAAUCUUAGGGAUGAGUACAUGAUUGCUUUAAUGUCGAUUGCAAUGUGCCCAACAGGACCUUGCAGAAGGGAGGAGGUGGAAGCUGAGGACAGAGAUGUGGAUAGAGUCUCAGGCCUUGGAAGCUCUGGGUAACUGACUGUCUGCUAUUUGCAAAAGUGUUUGUUGCUGAAAUGUUAGGCUCUGGUUCUGUAUUACAGUAGGAGAUUCCACCAACAAGAUAUUAAUGGUUUUGGAACCACUGUGGCUCUUGAGUUGUGUUUAUGUAUCCUCAGUUUAGAGAUGUUAUUUAAUUUUUUACCCCUUCUACGCAUUAUCUCACGUCGCUCUUUAGACUCUAUUUUUGUAGCAGCGUACAUAAGUCCAUGGCAGAGUAUCACCUUGAAAUUCAAGUGGGAAAAAAGAGUGCUUGCCAUAUUGAAUUUGAGUGUACUAGUUGAGUAAUUAUGAAUAUGUUUUCUGUCACCAGUGCAACAUCACAGAAAAUUGUGUUUUCCCAACAGGAGAAGGAAGCUGCCAAAAUAGGCUUGUCAGUCUUUACAGUAAGUUUAUUUUUAUGCUCUCUGUGUAGAACAUCCAAACUCAAAGUUUAGCUAUCCAGAAUAGUACACAACAAUGUGUUGGUGUGUUAAUCCAUUUGUGUUAGCUACACAUUUGUAGCUCAGUGCCGUUUUAAGAUUAGGGAGGGCACUUUUUUUUAAUGAGCAUGGCCUUAUUUCUAUUACAGCAUAUUGAAUGACUGUCAUUCAUAUUCCAUUCACCCAGCUUAAUGUAUCAUCGAUAGGUUUAGGCUACUACAUAAUACUCAAAUUUGCCCUAAAUCCAUCGUGAGGUCGAGAGACACCUGAAAUUGGUGUAAUCAAGGUGACAGACAGUGACACAUUCAAUACUGCCUUGCACAGUCUAGCCUGCAUGUAGCGGCAAAACGGUAAACUAAAAUGAGAGUUUCUAUUGGUCAAAUUCAGGUAGGUCCAUCCCACUUCGUUAUGUUUGCUUCCAUUUAAGAAACGUUUUGCAACAGAAUCGGCAGAAUGUACAUAUACACUUGGAAGAGUUGCGGUGUUGGAUAGCCUUCACCAGCUAGCUAACAUAAAUAGCAUUCCUCUCUGUUUGAGUCCGGUUGUUGAGUAGGCUAAAUUAGCUUCAUUAGCUAAGUAAGUGAAAAGUAAACUAAGAAGAAGAAGAAGAAGAAGAAAAUAUAGUUAGAAAUUAAUUUCAACUACUCACCACACGUUAUGCACUGCAGUGCUAGCUAACUGUAGCUUAUGCUUCCAGUACUGGAUUAAUUCUCUGAUCUUUUGAUUGGAUAGACACAUUUGUUUAUGCCACAAGAGCUCCGAUAGGUCGGAGGACGUUGUCCGGAAGUUGUCAUAAUAACUGUGUAAGUCUAUGAAACGGGGUGAGAACCAUGAGCCUCCUAGGUUUUGUUCUGAAAUCAAUGUACCCAGAGGAUGGAAAAUAGCUGUCCUCCGGCUACACUAUUGAACUAUCCUAGAAGAUGCUGUUGAGGUUACUGUAGACUUUCAUUGCAAAACAAUGUUUUAAUCAGUUAUUUGGUGACGUGAAUAUAUUUAGUAUAGUUUUAUCUAAAAAGGAUAACUUUUAAUUUUUAUGAAAUUCACUGAGUAGGAUGGUCCUCCCCUUGUUCCUCUGAGGAGCCUCCACUGGUGUAGCUACAUGAUUUAUCCAGUUUGGGAAUUGAUGCUGUAAUAGACAUGGUAGAUGUUACAUGAUUAUGGUCAUAAUGGAGAGCAUUGUUUUCACAGCACCAUAUAACAGAAGGGAAGUCUGGAAGCCAGGAAGCCUCUGCAAGAAAGAUGUCUGAGAACACAGAGAAACAGGACAUCAAAUCAAAUCAAAUUUUAUUGGCCACAUGCGCCGAAUACAACAGGUGCAGACAUUACAGUGAAAUGCUUACUUACAGCCCUUAACCAACAGUGCAUUUAUUUUUAACAAAAAAGUAAAAAUAAAACAACAACAAAAAGUGUUGAGAAAAAAAGAGCAGAAGUAAAAUAAAAUAACAGUAGGGAGGCUAUAUAUACAGGGGGGUACCGGUGCAGAGUCAAUGUGCGGGGGCACCGGCUAGUUGAGGUAGUUGAAGUAAUAUGUACAUGUGGGCAGAGUUAAAGUGACUAUGCAUAAAUAGUUAACAGAGUAGCAGCAGCGUAAAAGGAUGGGGUGGGGGGGCAGUGCAAAUAGUCUGGGUAGCCAUGAUUAGCUGUUCAGGAGUCUUAUGGCUUGGGGGUAGAAGCUGUUGAGAAGUCUUUUGGACCUAGACUUGGCACUCCGGUACCGCUUGCCGUGCGGUAGCAGAGAGAACAGUCUAUGACUAGGGUGGCUGGAGUCUUUGACAAUUUUGAGGGCUUUCCUCUGACACCGCCUGGUAUAGAGGUCCUGGAUGGCAGGAAGCUUGGCCCCAGUGAUGUACUGGGCCGUACACACUACCCUCUGUAGUGCCUUGCGGUCGGAGGCCAAGCAGUUGCCAUACCAGGCGGUGAUGCAACCAGUCAGGAUGCUCUCGAUGGUGCAGCUGUAGAAUUUUUUGAGGAUCUUAGGACCCAUGCCAAAUAUUUUCAGUCUCCUGUCACAUGGAUCAAAGGUAAUGUGUUUUUGAUCACAUAUUGUAUUGACAAUCGAUGUCCUGAGGUACAUUUCUUCAGAAUACUGUCUCAACAACAACAACAAAAAUCAAAAGACUUGUCCGUUAUAUUUUCCGUUCAUAGACUUGAGAGCAGCAAAAAGAAGAAAGGAAAAGAGAAAAAAAGAGGAAGAUUCAGAGAAGAGACUCAUCCUCCUCUUCAGAUUCAGACAGUGACAGUAAAAGGUUAGCAUGUUUCUGCCUUUUUAGACCUGCAGGUCAUUUGUACAUAUUAUCCUGAUGCCUUUUUAAAAUGAUAAUACAACAUUUAUCACAAGAAACUGAACACCAAUGUCCUAAUAAUGCUACAAGACAAGUCCUUGCCUUUGGCACUAGAGGGCGCUAAAUCACUGUUGAAGAGGGAGGUGAAGCUGGUUUUUGGUUCCAUCUCAAAAGCUGAGUUUUUGUGCCAAACUUGAAAAGUUUUGUCAACCAUAAACUUUGUAUGCUUGGUCGAAAUAUAGAACAGGUUGUAGCUACCCUUACUAAGGAUGUCAGUUAAUGUGUCCAGCUGCUUAAUUCUGUGGUAAUACAGGACAGUGAUGAAAAAGGAGUCUUCGGAUGUUUAGCAACAGGAAGAGGUAGUCUUAUGAAAUUUAAAAUGGGUGUAGGGUUGAUUUGAACUGAGUGAAUGCAUCAUCCAGCCAAUGUAAUGCUUAUCUUGUUGUUUGGGGUUGGGGCGGGGGGGAGGCCUUAUUUAUUAUUCUCCUAUGGAACCGAGAUAGUUAUCAUCCUCUAUAGAUGAGGUAAAGGUUUGUAUCAUAACAUUAAGUGUAUCUCUGCUUUAUCUUCCUCAGCCAGCUCUCACAACAGCUUACUUCGACCCCCACCUACUAGUCCCAAUCAUUGAUUGUUUGUGUGUGUGUGUUUUACUCCUCAGGCGCAGAAAGGACCACCAUCAUCAUAAUCCAUCAUGCCUCAGUCAGACUGGAGCCAGACCCCAUGACAGCCAUUCAAGGGGGGGGCCAAAGGGCGAGCGCCACCCCUCCUCCUCCCAACGACGCCAGCAGAGGCAUGACACAGACUCCUCCGACAGGGGGUCCCCUGUACCCCGUCACCGUGCUAGCUACAAGGCAGCCCCUGCUGCUCCUACACAAAGCCACAGGCGGCGCCAUGACACAGACUCGGACGAUUAAGUUCCCCCUAACCCCCCAAUCAGACACACGCAGAGGGAGAGGAGCCCUCUUGUCCACAGCCGAGCAGCUUGACUGGUCUAUGGACUGUCCUCAUGUACCUCUGGACUGGACUCAGUGGGCUGUGGUUGAGAACAGUGUGUCAAUCUGUAGGCUACUCCUCAAACCACCCGCAGGCUUGUGACCUUGCUUGAACUGAUCAUCGUUUUUAUCUGUUUAAUUUGUGUCUUGGUUAUCUUUUUCUGAACCAGCACAAAUUUAUUUUAUGAUCUGAGUCUAGCUACCAAAAUUGAAGGACAUUUUGCCACUAUUCAUGCAAGUAAAUCAGGGACUAGUAAGUACUGAAAGCAAGAUAAGUAGAUGUGUACUUGGUGCUGAAAUUAUGUUACUGUCAAAAACUUUUGCUGUCCAAGAUAUUUAAUUCUGGUGUCACACUUGCCCAUACCACCAGCAAAAAAAACAUACGUGGGCCAACAAUUGUUGGUCUCCUCUCCUAUUUGGUUUGUCUCUCUUGGUCAUCAGUUG